AUGAAUAGAUUUAUUGAAACCUCCAAAGUUUAUAAGAAAAUACUUUUGUCAGGUUAUGUAAUUAAACAGAAUAUACUUAAAAUAAUGAUGAAAAUUAAUUGGAGUAGAUUCUUAUGGAAUUUUUAAUUUAUAAGAAAGGAGGAUAUUGAAAUUGGAGGGAUUAACAAAAAUGAAAUGUUAAUAUGUAUAUAAAUAAAAAGAGAAUUUGUGCAAUGUUUAAAAGGGAAAUAAAUACAAAUUAGAAAAAAAUACGAGAAUAAUUAGAAUGAAAACUUAUAAGUUUAGAUAAUUUCUCAAAUUUGA